CACACGUUAGCUGGCAGAAAACACAUUGCGCGGACCAUGCCCUCAGCAUGGCUGCGCAACCAAAUGGAAAUAAAGCGGACGACCAUGUCCCGCCUCACGACGAGCCUAGCACGACCUCCGAGCCAAGCACCGCCGACGAUGUCGAAUCCGCAGACGACGAGGAAGACGAGGAACCGAAGCUGAAAUACGAUCGGCUCACGGGGAACCUGGGCCCUGUCUACCGUAAUGGCGAUGCGACCAGCAGUCUGGCGGUUGGAGGGGACAAAAUGGUCAUAGGCACUCACAACGGAAACAUUAACGUUAUCUCGCUGCCCUCUUUUCAAUCCCUCCGUUUCUACCACGCCCAUUCAGCGUCUGUCACUGCCGUGUCAAUAUCUCCCUUUCCCCCACCGCUUCCGGACGCCAGGCCCGACCCGUAUAAGCAUUUCAAUGAGCCUCCUCGAUCGCCUGAAGUACGAAGUCCGACGAUCAGUUCAUUCACACCUUCGUCGUCGAGGACCCCAAAGCAGCAGCCGCUCCUACCCAGGAUACCCUCGAAUGACAUAUACAUUGCCACGUCAUCCAUCGAUGGUCAUGUUUGCGUAUCCUCAUUGGUAGAUCCCAAGGAUGUUCUAUUGAGGAAUUUUAGAAGGCCUGUUCAGGCCGUUGCAUUGUCCCCGGAGUACAAAAGUGACAGGACUUACUUGUCUGGUGGACUUGCGGGAAACCUCAUCCUCACGGUCGGUGGCCGUGUGGGUGUUAGCGCGGAAGCCAAUACGAACAGUGCUGCGGCUGCGGCUUCGGGCUGGCUUGGAUCCAUUGGACUCGGCUCCAAUACUGGCAAAGACACUAUUUUACACUCGGGUGAGGGUGCCAUCGGCACUAUCAAAUGGUCAUUGUCUGGCAAAUUUGUCAUGUGGGCCAAUGAGCAGGGAAUAAAGAUCAUGCGAACCAAUCUUUAUCUGGAAAGCCAGGAUUCCGAUGCAGCUUGGAAACGAAUUGCCCACGUUGACAGACCCUAUCAUGGAGCUUGGGAAGAGAUGACUGGGGUCUGGAAAGCCAGAGCCGAGUGGGUAGAUGACGAUAGCCUGGAGCGUGAUGAUGACCUGCUUAGCAAUAGUAUGGAGAUGCCAGCUCCCAUCUCCAGGCAAAGCUCUGGUUUCCAGGGCAGGAACGGUGCAAAGCGCAACAAGAACCGGCUGGAAAAGCUCGUCGUUGGAUGGGGCGACACCGCUUGGGUCAUCCACGUCGAUCCGGGAGGGGCAGGUAUCGGCAAGGAUGUAGGAGAGAGAUCUGUUGGGCGUGCAGACAUUGUACACAAGUUACGAUUCGACGAUUGUAUUAUUUCUGGAUUAUCGCUUUAUACCCCUUCUAUACUUCUUGUUCUUGCUUACCGCACCCACGACGACGACGACAAGCCCAUCAAUCCUCCCACUGAGGAAAAGCCCAGGAGAGGAUUCCACCGUCAGAAUGGUAUUCAACCAGAGCUACGCCUGAUCAAUGCCAGCACCUCCGAGGAGAUCGACGUCGACACCUUGACUGUUAGUCGAUACGAAACUCUCUCGGCGGCAGACUACCACCUCAACACAUUGUUCGUGCCGACUCUCCAGGCCGGAACGCCUGCUCAGCGAAGUGCAUUAGAAGCAAUUGGCGAGGGCUUGUGGGAUGCUGGUAGGAGUGCCACGCGUAUGCUCAGCUCCGGCGCAAGUGUGGUUAGCUUCGCCAGCAGUGGUGACAAUGGCGGCAGGCAUCGCGCAUCCAUCAGCAACGUCUCUCCGAAGAAACAGGGUGCGCCACUCUCGCAUCCAGUAGGAUUUUCGGGUGGCUUGAAGAUGUUCAUCCACAGUCCCUAUGAUUGUGUUCUUGCUGUCAAACGGGACAUGUCAGACCAUCUGUCGUGGAUUUUGGAUCACCACAAAUUCGAGGAGGCAUGGGAACUUGUCGAUAAGCAUCCGGAAGCCAUCCCGGCAAAUUCGCUCCAGUUCGAAGAAUCUCCUGGCAGUCCACCUCCAAGGAACCGGCAAAGUAUGGUCGAAUUCUUCGCCGACGACUCGUCUCAGACAACUGUCCCUGCCGAGAAACAGCAGAAUUCGAUGGUCGAGAAAGAAAAGCGCCGUAUAGGGGACCUGUGGAUCCAACAACUGGUGGCGGCGAACGAUUGGAAAGCUGCUGGUAAAGUGGCCGGUAAAGUCCUCGGUAUCUCCUCACGAUGGGAGCACUGGGUCUGGACUUUCGCCCAAGCAGGAGAGUUCGACGCCAUCACGCCGUACAUUCCCACCAAGCAGCUUGAUCCUCCACUGCCUUCGCUUGUGUAUGAAGUGGUGCUUGGUAACUACAUAAUUCGCGACCGCGUCAGACUCAGAGAGUUGCUCGACAUAUGGGACCCUGAACUCUUCGAUGUCAGUAGCGUCAUCACGGCGAUCGAAGCGAAGUUAAAGUCGGGGGACAUAAGCGAGGUGACCCAGGAAGAUGGAGAGCAUGGUAGAGAUUGGCGCAUCCUCCAACACUGCUUGGCCAAGCUCUACAUUGCUGAUGGCCGACCAAGAGAGGCCCUUCACUGUUACAUCCAUGUCCAGGAUGCGGAUGCCGCACUUGAGUUGAUCAGAAACUAUCACCUGCUGCCCGCUGUCUCCGACGAUAUUCCAGGCUUCAUUCUUUUGAGAGUAUCCAGAGAACAGCUAGAUUCCGCCUCACUCGAAGAGCUCGAGGAGGCAUCGUCAGAAGCUGUACAUCUCUUGAUUGAUGAGGCUUACCAGGGAAUCGUCAAGCCUGAUAUCGUGGUAGAGCAGCUUCAAGAAAAGGGGUUGAAGUUCCAGCCUUUCCUCUUCUUCUACCUGCGGGCACUGUGGAACGGAGAAGGGACCGAGACAAAUUACGGCACCGGCCAUGAUCGGAUUGCAGCAGAGGGCAAGACGCUGGUCGAGGACUUUGCCGAUUUGGCGGUUGAGGUGUAUGCCGAGUACGACAGGUCUUUGCUGAUGGAACUUCUCAAGUACUCACAGAGUUAUGACUUUGAAAAGGCUGCUGCUGUCUGCGACUCGCGGCAGUAUAUCCCUGAGCUUGUGUACAUCCUUUCCAAGACUGGUCAGACGAAGAAGGCACUGUUCCUCAUUAUUGAGAAUCUAGAGGACGUCUCCUAUGCUAUCUCCUUUGCAAAGGAGCAAGACGAUCCAGACCUUUGGAACGACUUGCUAGAUUACAGCAUGGACAAACCACGCUUCAUCCGCGGUCUGCUCGAGGAGGUUGGCACUGCCAUCGACCCUAUCCAGUUGGUGCGGCGCAUCCCAGAAGGCCUCGAGAUCGAAGGUCUGAGGGAUGGAAUCAGGCGCAUGGUUAGGGAGUACGAAAUCCAGUACAGUAUCAGCGAUGGCGUAGCGAAGGUAUUGCGGGGCGAGGUUGCUUCUGCCAUGGAGACCUUGAGGUCUGGGAGGAAGAAGGCCGUCAAGUUUGAGGUGUUGGAGAAGAGUCCCGAGCACGUUGAUGUGUUUGUGGAUCCUCUUAUGGAAGAGACAGCACCGCCGGAGCACAUCCACCUCCACAGAGACGCCAAGCCCGGCCAUUGCGUUGGCUGCACCAAAGCCUUUUCGGAGCACGAAAGAGAAACACUGAUAGGUUUCGCCUGCGGCCACGUCUACCACCUGUCCUGCAUCCUCUCGACCUCAGGAUCGGGUUCCAGCGCCUCCGCCGCAGCGGACCUGCAAGCCCAGUUUGCAGAGGACGCGGACACGUCGAGCCGCAGCAUCGCGGCGAAGGUCACGCACGCCCACCUCAUCCGCAACGCGCUCCACGGCGGGUGUCCAGUGUGCACUGAGGCACGAGAUGAAUAAUAGUCGAUAGCCAAUGUACUUUCCGUUUUUUGCUUUCUGCCUGCAGCGUUGCGUUGCGUUGCUUCUUUGGCUUUGGGUUCGGCUGAGUGCUCUACGCUUUACAUCUUUAUCUGGAUGCAUAGCGCGGUCGUGAGGCUUUGCUUUGGUUUUAUAGCAUAGUGCCGGCUUUUGUCGUGUAUAAAUGGAUGGUUGAAUGGGGUCUUUUCUUCUUUGUUGAUUUUGUCGCACGUAGGUCGCUUUUGAAAACUUAUUGAUUAAAUUUGCCGGACUGUUGGUUGAAGAAGUUCUACGUACCUGCUGAUAAGGUUGGUUGAAGGUAUAUAUCACUCCUACUAAGAUUACAGAAUCAGAUAUCACUG